UUGUCUGCUGGUUUGCUUCGCCAGGCCACCUAUUCUACCUGUCGCCUCGGGAUCUACACAAGCCUGUUCGAACGAUUUUCCGGUCCGAAUGGUGAAACACCGGGUUUCUUGACCAAACUGGGGAUUGCCGUGUCCUCGGGCAUUAUCGGCUCGUUUGUCGGCACCCCGUCCGAAGUGUGUCUUAUCAGAAUGACCUCGGACGGUCGUCUACCAAUUGGUGAAAGACGAAAUUACACAAACGUGUUCAACGCGUUGCUUCGCAUUUUCCGCGAGGAAGGUUUGAUUGCAUUGUGGCGCGGAGCAGUUCCAACAAUGGGUCGGGCGGCUGUGGUCAAUGGAGCUCAAUUGGCCUCGUAUUCACAAGCCAAGCAAUAUAUCAUUGGUUCUGUUCGCUAUGAUGAACAUAAUCGUCUCUCCCUCCUCCAUCUCCCUUCAUCCUUGGCUGACGUAAUCCACCAAGGGUUCCUGUCCGAUGGAAUUGUGGCACACUUUUCGGCUAGCAUGUUCAGCGGUUUCGUGACUUCCGUUUUCUCCCUGCCUGUGGAUAUCACCAAGACACGGAUUCAGAAUAUGCGCAUUGUUGAUGGAAAACCGGAGUACCGAAACAUGUUGGACGUUUUCGUGCGAGUAGUUCAAAACGAGGGCAUCCUGGCUCUGUGGAAAGGAUUCACACCCUACUUCUUACGAAUCGGACCACACACGGUGCUCACAUUCAUUUUCCUGGAACAAUUAAGUCGGGGCUAUCGACGAAUUGUGCUCGGCGAUCUGAACGAACGACGUGGUGGUGGACUGUAA